CCUAACUCACUGACUUAUUUGGAUCCCUUGGCAGUAAGUCAGUUUUCAGACAAAGCUGGUUGGAAAGAGCCGAGGACGGAGGCGGGCCCCGUGGACACAGCCAUGGGCGCCCGGAGGCUGCUGCGCGCCGGGCUGCUGCUGUGCUGCCUGAGCUGCCUCCUGGACGCGGCGCACACAGCGGGGUGGGGACCACGCGCCAGGCGUGUGCUUGCGGCGAGGAAGGGCCUCCCCAUCUCCUCUGGGCGACGCCACACUCAUGUCACAGAAAACCACAGGUCAUGGCUGUACAAGUUCAAGAACUACUUGCAGGACCACAUCAAGAACUCCAUACCUCCAGGAGCCAUUCUUGCUUUUCUGCUCAUUACGAUUGUGAUGGGGGUCCUCUGUUGCCUCACUAUUCUUGUAGGUGAACCAGUCCAAUGAAGCACUAGAAAAUUCACGUGGGCAACUGUGGUGUUUGGCUUGCUGGACUCCAAAAGUGCAGAGUGUGCUAUUUGCUUACAAUAAGGAAGUACCUCUGGGUUAAAAUUAAAGUGUCUUUCAUCUGUA